UCCCCUUUGGGCCCGGCGCGGCGUCAUGCUGGUCCCGCUCGUCCUCACUGUGCUCACGCAGCCCGCCCCGCUGGUCGAGAAGGCGACUGAGGCGGCGGUCUCCGCGCAGCCCACACCGCCGACAGAGAAGGCUGCGGGAGAAGCGGCACCGCCGACCGAGAAGUGGGUCACCUCGUCAUGCGGCUUGUCCGGCUGCGUUCACACGAACCAUCUGACCGGCACCACUACGGCACACGACUGGCAGGGCGGGAAGGUCACUUCGAACAAAUGGACCGGCCAGGUCACUGCGAGCAACCACCAGGGCACCUACACCACGAACCUCCACACGGGCAACUGGCACGCAACAGGGUGCUCCGCCUUGGGCUGCGGGACCCACGGCGGGAACAAGUACACGGGCCACUACUAUGCCACACCUCACUACCUUCGCAAGAUUGACGAGGCCGGCGAGCUGGUCGCAACCCACGCCGGCGUCUUCGCCGCAACCGGUGCCUUUGCCGCCAUCUUCUUGGCCUUCGGGCUCUUGCGCCGCUCGCGCGCCAGCAAGCCAGAUGCGGCCACGGCCGAGGCGCCGGCCAUGCAGCUGGUGUGAAGUGACGGCGGCGGCCGCGUCGCGCGAAGACGUGCGAUCUGCGAUGCGCCGCGCGGGGCUCCGACUCCGACGGUCUCCGACGCCGCCUGGGACGCCGCGCCGCUGGACCAACGACAACAGCAACCAGCAAGUCGCUACCACGCAAGUGCGGAAGUGGGGUGCGCGUGUGUCCGGCCGGGUGUGAUUUAUAGUUUUCGGAGGGGAGUGUCGAGUGAUCCUAUCGGUGUGUUCGGAUGUGUGUUCAUAUUUACACGAGUUGUUUCUGUUAGACU